CCACACACACACGGCCCAAAAUGAAGCUCCUGUAAAUGAAAAUGCAGAUAAUUCGAAGCUAAUUCCGGCGGCCACCUCGGUCUCGCGUGUUGUUGACAUUAUUAUGUUUGUGCACUACAUUAUUUCAGAAUAGACGCUAAUUUUUACAUUUGGCCUUAGGCAUUUUUACAAAAAUUAUAGAUAACCUCAAUAUAUUAACUAGACUUUUUUUUGUAUAUGGAUCCUGAUUACCUCUUGUAUUGGUUUCCAAACCAAGUGAAACUAAAGCCCGACCAGAAAUAUAUGAUCAUUGUCAAGAGGGCGCUGUUAGUUUCAAGGACAGUUCAAUUUAGUAUGAAAAAUUUAGUUCCAAUUAACGUCACACAAUUUUCAAAGAGCGUUUUGGGCGCGAAAGCAUCCGUCAAAAUAUAUUUUGUUGAUUUAACAUAUUUAAAGCCGUUUUUAGUAUAUAAGUCGAAUUUUAGGGCAUCUUUUAGUUAAUAUAGAACGUAAUACAAGCGUUUUUUAAAAAAUUGGAAACAACCCUAUUGUCCCAAUCGCAACCUGUACCGCGCGACCAAAACAUAGUAAGCGCCGAAAAAAAUCAUGGCGCUUACUCGUUUAGGUCGCGAGACUCACGCUCCGCUUCCAUGGUUUGCAACAACUCAUGGCGUAAAAUACUAGUUCUCUGUGCCGGUUUUAUACGUAUUAUAUUCAAUAGUCCUCAGUCAGUUUUCCUUUGUCACAGAUUACCGGCAACCAAUGAUGGCGCCGUGGCCCAUCGCGAAGCCCAUCGCCAGUCGACCGAUCCCCGUCCAGCAUCAGCACCUACAACAUCUACUGGCACACUGCCACCACCCCUACUUAGCUGUGAGACCGUCGCAGGCGCACACGCAAGUUUUCCCGCUGCCCGGCGCCUUCCCCUGGGCACACAGUUCGAGAGGUAAACCUCGACGGGGCAUGAUGCGGCGCGCCGUGUUCUCUGACCUGCAACGCAAAGGGCUGGAGAAGAGGUUCCAGGUCCAGAAGUACAUCUCCAAGCCUGACAGGAAGAAGCUGGCUGAGAAGCUGGGGCUCAAGGAUAGCCAGGUCAAAAUCUGGUUCCAAAAUCGGCGCAUGAAGUGGCGCAACUCCAAAGAGCGGGAGCUGCUGGCAUCCGGCGGCUCCAGAGAGCAGACGCUGCCGAACAAGAACAACCCGCACCCGGACCUGUCUGACGCUGAGGCCGACAAGCAGAAGAUGUCUCCGAUACCUGAGGAUGACGAGAAGAAGAUGUUCGCCAGCACUUCUGGGGAGUUUAGAGGAUACGAAGACAAAAUGGCCGCCCCGUUCUACCGUGAGCCGUUUCAACCAAUGGACGAGGGUGAAGACUUCGACAGCGACAGCGCCAGUGACGAGGAGAUCAAUGUGACAUGACGUGUUUGCACGUAGCUGUAUAUAGGAUAGGCUAGAUCUGUUAAUGUGAUUAUUUAAGAGAAUUCUGUUUGUUUGAACCUUUUGACCACCAAAGACAUGAACUGACGCGCGUGGCUACAGCCAUCAACCUUCUUGCAUUCCGUCAAGGUUCAAGAUAGGUUAGGUUAGGCGUGGGUGACAUGGGCGAACGCCUACGGCCUCGCAGUCCCAGGGGCCUCGCGCCUCAAAUAUGUAAACACGGACGCAACGUAAAAAUUUAUUCGUUUAUUCUUGCACCACCAAAGGGCCUCGACAUUUAGCGAACCUUGCCCACUCAAAAUUUUAGUCUUGCCCCGCCACUGACGAUAGGCAUAGCGUUCAAGGUUGCCUUUUUAGGGUUCCGCACCCAAAGGGUCAAACGGGACCCUAUUACUAAGACUCCGCUGUCCGUCUGUCACCAGGCUGUAUCUCAUGAACCG